CGCUGCGCGCGGGGGUGAGCGCUGCCACUCGAUCCGCCCGCCGGCUGCGGAACUGCGCCGCCUGCCUGAACGCGGACGCGGCGAUGGCACCGCGGGGAUUCCCGGGGUCCGCCGUCCUCGCCGCUGCUGUCUUCGUGGGAGGCGCCGUGAGUUCGCCGCUGGUGGCCCCGGACAAUGAGGGCAGCCGUACAUUGCACUCCAGAACAGAGACCACCCCGUCACCUGCCACCAACAAUGGGCACCCAGAAUAUAUCGCGUAUGCCCUUGUCCCCGUGUUCUUCAUCAUGGGUCUCUUUGGCGUCCUCAUCUGCCACCUGCUUAAGAAGAAAGGCUAUCGCUGUACAACAGAAGCUGAGCAAGAUGUCGAAGAGGAGAAGGUUGAAAAGAUAGAAUUGAACGACAGUAUAAAUGAAAAUAGUGACACUGUUGGGCAGAUUGUCCACUACAUCAUGAAAAAUGAAGCGAAUGCUGAUGUCUUAAAGGCAAUGGUAGCAGAUAACAGCCUGUGUGAUCCUGAGAGCCCCGUGACCCCCAGCACACCUGGGAGCCCACCCGUGAGUCCUGGGCCCUUGUCACCAGGGGCCACCCCGGGGAAGCACGUCUGUGGCCACCAUCUGCACACCGUUGGCGGUGUUGUCGAGAGGGACGUGUGUCAUCGGUGUAGGCACAAGCGGUGGCACUUCAUAAAGCCCACCAACAAGUCCAAAGAGGGCCGUCCCAGGCGCCAAGGCGAGGUCACUGUCCUCUCUGUCGGCAGGUUUCGAGUUACAAAAGUAGAACACAAGUCAAGCCACCAGAAGGAGCGGAGAAGCUUGAUGUCUGUCAGUGGGACCGAAAGCGUCAAUGGGGAGGUGCCUGUGACACCUGUGAAGAGAGAACGGAGUGGUACAGAGUAGCAGCAAUGAUUUUGAAGAGUUCGAAGAGACUGAAAACUUACAAGAUAUGAAGUUGCUUAGGGAAUAUUUUUAUCUAUUU